GGGCGAUUAGCUACCGCCGCCCUGUCAUCCGUCGACUUUUGUCCGAUACAUGAUCCUGUUGGGACCUUUUCACACCAGAGCGUCUCCCUCGGACCGCUCUUUUCUCACUUCGGCAUGUAGCGCUGAUAGUGAAGGCUAUCCAGGUCCAUGUUUGAGCUUGACAACCGACGUGACUCGGCAAAUGUCCAGCUACUGCUCAAGAUGUCAUAUAAAAUCCGUAGCCAGGUCCUCCUCAGAUCUCGUCAACCCACCUUCCCCCGCCGCUUCUAUCAAUGCCGUCCUACAAGACUCACAUAUCCAUACUGCGACAGAUAGCUCUCGAGCACCCCGAGUCGCCCGCCUUCCAGGUCCCAGAAUACGACGCAAACACCCAGCGGAUAUUGCAAUGGCAUCCAAUCAGCUACAGCCGCUUCUUUGCUGAUGUCGAGCACUUCGCAAGGUAUUGGUCAGAGAAGCUGGCUGCGAAGGGCAUCCCACCCUCUUCGGUCGUCGGCGUCUGGCUUGGUGGAAUGACCUACGUAGACGUCCUCCACAUAUAUUCCAUCGUACGAGCAGGAUAUGUCCCUCAGCUAUUCUCUCUUCGGCUACCCAACCCGGACGUCAUCUUCGAACUACUCCAAAAAUCCAAUGGCAAGGCGCUCAUCUACGAUUUAUCCUUCGGCACUAUCUCCUCUCACGGCCCGGUGACGGCAUGGGCCGCGGUGGACGCGCGCGCUGAAGAGACGCGCUCGGUUGUCCUUCCCCCAGUGGAAGAGGACAAGAACGGCGAUGAGAUCUUGAUGAUCUUCCACACAUCGGGUUCGACAUCGGGGCGGCCGAAGCUGAUCCCCUGUAGCUAUGCUUGGUGGGAUUUCAACAUGCUGAAGGCAAAGCGAGCAACAACCCCCCGUAACCCAGCACGGAAGGACGUUACAACAUGGAUGGGAAGCAUGUGUCAUAUUGGCCAAACCAUCAUGUUCGCAGGUGCUAUGCAGCAUGCGGCUUGUACCGUCCAGCCGUCAUGUCAAGCAUUUCCCUCCUCGGAGCUCAUGGACAUGAUUGCCCUCUGCGGUCUCAACCGCAUGGUGCAGUUCCCCACCUACCUCGCUAUCCAUCUCCGGAACUCCCGCAAAGACCCGAAGCUGCUCGCCAUGCUCCAGGGUAUCGACCAGAUCUUCUACUCUGGACUUAAGCUCUCUCAGGAAGAUGAAGAGUGGGUCCACCGACACGGUAUCAAAAUCGUCAACUGCUUCGGCAACACCGAGUGUACAAUUAUGCUCCUCUCGGAUACCGAGUGGAAAGGAAUGAACGCUCCUCUGGCUCCGGUGCCGGACACUUCCUAUGCGUUCAUGCCACUCGCCUCUAGCGAAGAGAAGACUUUCGAGAACGCUAACGCGCGCCUUCUGGAACUCGUCAUCCUCUCUUCUUCCCUCGACUGCCCUGACCGCUCGCUAUGCGCUGCCGAUGGCCAUUACCACACCGGCGAUCUCUUCCUCGAAGUCGCACCCGGUCGCUACGUUUCGCGCGGGCGGGACGAUGAUUGGAUAAAGUCUGAGAACUCCCUGCGAUGCGAUACCAAAGCCAUCGAAGACAACGUCCGCCAGACCUGUGCUGAUCUCAUCGAGAACUGCAUCGUCGUCGGUAACGGACGGCCAUCACCGGCGCUGUUCGUCGAGGUGAAAGCGGGCCUGAAUGACGAGAAAGUCAGGAAGGACAUCAUCCGCCGGACGAGACAUUUCCACUCCCGUCGCUACCUUCACGAGCGCAUCACAUCCACGAAUUCGUCAUUGUUGUGCCACAGGACACGCUUCCACGCACAGCGUCGAAAGGCAACAUCAGGCGCAGAGCUGUUGAGGAGUCCUUCGAGACGCGGCUGGACUGCAUCUACGGUGUUGCACACUAAUUGCUCUUGCACAUACCCUACUCUAAUCGGAUCUUAAUUCUUCGGGUUUCACUGUUGCAUUACUAGACUACGCACACGGACUAUCUGUAGCAUAAGGUUAUUCUCUCCACUGCCUUCACUCAUCUUUAUUAUAUAUAUAUAAUAUCUAUCUAUACUCGGAGUAUCCUUACAGUAGAUGUAGACUAAUCUCCUUGGAUGUACGUACUGUACAGCGGCUUGAAAAUGGCAUUCCCCGGCGCGGCAUGGCC